AGAAAGGCAAUCAACGUGCCGGUUACCUCAGUUUACGCUUGCCCAUACAACUUGACAUACGUGUGUUUACGUAACUUAACCUUUUGAUACUUAACAGGGUGCAAGUUCGGUUACAAAACAUCAUCUUAGGCCUAACGAGGAGCGCUCAUAAGAGCCAAAAUGGGGGUGACGCAGUUUUUAAUUUUGUCCCAGCUGGUCUAUUUGACCACCUGCAUGGACCAGCUGCACAUAAUGUACGAAUGGAAACAGCUGGACUAUCAGUUCCCCAACGACGAGGCGAGGCAGCAAGCUUUGGAUUCCAAGAGUUUCGUGCCAGAGAACAACAUACCGAUGGGUCUGGAGGUGUAUGAAGAUAGGCUGUUCAUAACGGUCCCAAGGUGGAGGCAUGGAGUGCCCUCCAGCUUGAAUUAUGUCAACUUGAAAGACAACUCUACCACAUCACCGAAGCUAAUACCAUAUCCCAGUUGGGCGGCGCACACCACUGGCCUGGACGGUAAACCUUCGGAAAUCAUCUCCCCUUUUCGAGUCCGUGCUGACAAGUGCGGUCGCCUCUGGGUCUUGGACAACGGCAAAAUUGGCAACCUGGAGAACAACACCACCAAAUAUCCACCCUCCAUCAUCAUUUACGAUCUCAGAACGGACAGCCUCAUCAGGAAAUACAUGAUCCCCGAUGACCAAGUCAAAGAAGAUUCAGGGUUUGCUAACAUAGCGGUUGAAGAUACCGACUGUGCAAACACUUAUGCAUACGCAGGAGAUUUAGGAAAACCAGGCAUCGUGGUUUACUCAUUCGGUAAAAACGAAUCUUGGAGGAUAACACAUCACUACUUCCACCCAGAUCCUCUCGCCUGCGACUUCAGCGUCAAAGGCUACAAUUUCAGCUGGACCGACGCUAUCUUCGGCAUCGGGAUCUCCGCACCAAACCCUGAUAACUUCAGCACUCUCUAUUUCCAUCCUAUGGCGAGCUACAACGAAUUCUCUGUGUCCACUGAGUAUUUGAGAAACCAGUCUGUCGCCGAUGAUAAUUUUGAAGCGUUCAAAGUGUUGGGCAGUCGUGGACCAAAUGCUCAGUCCAGUGUGUCCUUUGUAGAUCCUAAAACUGGUGUCCUAUUCUACUCUUUGGUCAACCUCAAUGCCGUUGCUUGUUGGAGGACAUCCAACAAAGACUACAAUAUGAAGAAUCAAGGCAGAAUUUACAUGAACGAAGAAACGAUGAUCUAUCCAACGGACAUAAAAGUGGACUAUGACGAUAAUUUAUGGAUUCUUUCAAACCGAAUGCCCAUUUGGAUGUACGGGAAAUUGAACUCUAGUGAGUUUAACUUUAGGGUGUUCUCAGCGCCUGUUUUGGAUGCGAUCAGCCAUACCGCCUGCGAUAUUACACCCAGAUCUGACAUACUCGAUAAAUAUAAGGACAAGUUCUUGAACAUUACCAACAAAAUUGCGUCUAAGUUUAAGCCGAAUUCCGCCACUUCUUUCUAUCCUCUUUCAUAUUCUUUCCUGCUUGUCAGCUGGAUCAUAGCUUGUAGUUUAUAUUAAGAACGUUCUGUGCUUUUCUGUGUAUAUCAACAUUUGUGUUUUUAAUUUAACGUGAUGUCAAAGACGUUACCGCUUUAUUUAUUGUGAUGGAUAGCCAUUGUUGGUCCUGUACUUAAGAGUUAAGUAGUGCCUUCAAAAGUGAUAUUGUAUUUGUAAAUUAC